UUUCUCAAUAAGAAUAUAUGAAGUAAGGAGCUUUCUAUACUUGUUCAACAAACCUGUGACAGUACGCUACGGUGUGGAUAGCGUCUAGAUUCAUGCUGGCUUCAAGAGCACAUGCAGAUCUCAGAAUUAAGGAUAUGGCACAGCAAUUUGUGUUUUCAAGAAAGUUUUUAAAAAGUUAUUCUUCAGAAAUUUUAGAAAAUAUUAAACUGGAAAUAAUCAAAUAAAAACUGUUGUCUAAUAUCUUGCAAAGAGAUAUCGGCAUAGAGCUUAAAGUGGCUUUAGAGUGCAUCUCUUCAUCCUUUCAUGAACAAAUCGCCUCUUAAAAGCCAUCUUAGAUUUGGGUUUAUAUUAUUGUUCUAUGAAUAGUACAUGUUAAGAAUUUUUCAAACUUACUUGGCAUAAUGGUAUCUCUGUGAAAAUAGCAUAUGUGAUUGCAAGUAUUGACUCGCAGUACAUUUUGUACUUGAUUUAAAGCAAAAUGUUAUUCAUUAAAAACAGUUAAAAUGACAACCAAACCAUAGAUGAAUGUAAAUAAAUUAAAAUCCAAAGUUAUCAAGAAUCAAAGACGUUGAUCUUCAAAAUCUUCAGCAAGAUAUGGAGCAAGUAUAAGAACUCAGUACGAUGAAAUGGAAGAAGUUAAGAAUGUUCCAGUUCAUGAGGUAGAAAUUAAGGAUAAGAUGAGUGUAUAUUAUGGGAAAGGACCUGAAAUACCUGGUCUCCCCAUGAUGAACUUCAAUGAUAGUAUCCAAGGCUGGAAUGUCAUCUUCAGAGGCCUCAUUUCCCCCUUCGCCAACAGGUUCAAAAAUUACAUACAAAUGGAAAUUCAAGACAAAUAAUGACUACACUCCGUUCUUUCUUAAAGAAAAAUUCGCAGACAAGCUCAAACAGUCUCAAGCAAAAGCUGAGCUAGUCGGGAACACAAAUGCGAGAAGUUUGAGUCCCCAAAACUUCAAACGCAUGAUGUUCAUCAGGAACAGACGCAACUCGUUCAACUUCUCGAAACUGCUCAGCAAGCGGCUCGAGCAAGAGUUUGACAGAGUACCCAGUCAAGACAUUUUACAAGAGUUCUACAGGGCCCACCAGUAUUUCUGUCAGCAAGAACUGCAGUACACUCCGGGUCGCAGACGCAACAGCUGGAGCUCCGACUCCAAGAACGUCAAGAAGUUGUUGCUGAAGCUCAAGACUGGAGCCAACGACCAGAAGUCUAUGAGGCUCAGACUCCAGAAGAUCAGGAGAAACUUGGCAUUGCCAGUUCGUAAGAACUCAAAGCGGAGGGUAGUGCUCAGUAAGGACUCACUUAGAGAAGGGUCUCGGUCACCGGCAAUCGCUAGUUUUCCUUCAUUCAGUCAGACUCUGAACUCUAAGCUAGUCAGAAGCCAGACUCUGACAAAGACUGGGCUUCACAGUCAGGCUCGCAAAAGAACACACAGAAACAACAAAGCCGACUCACCAGACAUGGAUGGCAGCCAGAACAGCAAGAAGAAUUCAAGGAACAUAGACUGAGUGAAGCAGAGGGAAUUUAGAGAGAGCGAUGACUCAUCAGCGCCACCAACUCCGAUAAUACCAGAAGUUAUCCAUGAAGUAGUUGACAGAGAAAACAGUUUUCCUGUAUCCAUUCAGCCAAAAGUUAAGCCCACUGAGAAUAUUAAAGAUCCCAAGCUUACAAUUCAAUCAAGUAAUCAUAAGAUAGAUCCAAGAAUGUGAAAGACUCUGGCUACGAAGCAGGGUUCAACACGGAACUAUCCUUCAGAAUUCGCAAAAUAUCUUGUAAAACAGUUAAAAUAAGACAUCUCUGAAACCCACUAAGAAUAUUGACCAUCCCCUUGUACUUAAGUCAGUGUCAAUCAAAGCAAUGUCUAAUGAGAACUUAUCCAUAUCCAAAAGUUCGAGGCCUAGUAAACUGAGUAAACAGACUAAACGUAGACUUCAGAAAUUGAGGUUGCCUUUACUUAAAGAAAAUCUGAAGAAACACCAUAAUUCACGCUCAAAGCACAGAAAAAUAUCCCCUAGAUUUGAAGUAAGCUACCUCUGUAGCGUAAGCAAAGGAGGCAAAACUCUGAGAAUCCCUAAGAAAAUGAUGAAAAGCUAUAACAAGAUUCCUAUAAGUAAGCCUAAGGGUGCUUAAGCUGAUUAUUCCCCU